GUCAUCGUCAUCGUCAUAGUCGACCUGUUAGUGCUCCUCAAGUUAUACAACAUCCACGCCACGCCACGCCACAGCAGGCCACGCCACGACACGGCACGGCCAUAGGUUAGCGCCUGUCCGGGCUUAGCCAAAUCUCCCAGCGCCAACAUGUUGCGCAGCUGUGUCUGCUUGCAGCGAGCUGGCGGCGGCGGUGGCAAGCGACGCAGCUCCUCCGUGGAGGACGCCUCCUCGUGCCGCUCGUCGGAAAUAGAGCGUGUCGGUGCCAGCAUGCAGACCACCACACUGGGCACCAAUGGCCAGCCGCAAACGCUCGCUCCUCAGCCAAAUACGCGCGCAUCCAGUCUGCUGCAGCUGUUCCACAGGAAAGGUUGGUGCAAGCACUUCCGCAAACCGCUCCGAGGCAUGAGUGCAACGCGAGUCGAGAAAUCUAUCCGUGCGGCAAUAUUUAUUCAAAAAUGGUUUCGCCGGCAUCAGGCGCGUCAGGAGAUGCGGAAGCGUUGCAAUUGGCAAAUAUUUCAAAAUGUGGAAUAUGCCUGCGAACAGGAUCAGGCGGAGCUAUACAAGUUCUUCAAUGACCUUAUCAAGCACAUGCCUCAGGCCGCCGAGGCAGGAAAUAAAUCUAACUCACAGCGAUGUUCUGGCUUGGAGAAGAGUGGUACCUUGUAUGAGGAGAGCGGGGAUAUGGCGCGCAUAGAACUAACAGUGCCCAUACAGAAGAGCCACAUAGAUCUCUUGAUUGAUGUGUUCCGCAAGAAACGGGGCAAUCGCCUGCAUCCAAAGUAUGUGUGCCUGAUAUUGCGCGAGGCUGCCAAGUCGCUCAAACAGAUGCCGAACCUUUGGAUGGUGUCGACCGCUGUCUCCCAGCAGGUGACCAUUUGUGGGGAUCUGCAUGGCAAGCUGGACGACCUGCUGGUUGUGCUCUAUAAGAAUGGCCUGCCGUCCGCUAGCAAUCCUUAUGUCUUCAAUGGCGACUUUGUCGACAGAGGCAAAAGGGGGCUGGAGGUGUUCCUGCUGCUGCUAUCGCUGUACCUGGCAUUCCCUAAUGCGGUCUUCCUGAAUCGUGGCAAUCACGAAGACAGUGUUAUGAAUGCCCGAUACGGCUUUAUACGCGAAGUAGAAGGAAAGUAUCCACGUAAUCACAAGUACUUGCUGUCGCUGAUUGAUGAGGUUUAUCGCUGGCUUCCACUGGGAUCCAUACUGAACAAUCGCGUGCUAAUCGUCCACGGCGGCUUCUCGGAUACCACCAACCUUGAUCUCAUCAAAAGCAUCGACAGGGGAAAGUAUGUUUCCAUUCUGCGACCCCCUCUAAUGGAUGGCGAGGCUCUGGACAAGGCUGAGUGGCAACAGAUUUUCGAUGUCAUGUGGAGCGAUCCACAGGCCUCGCAAGGCUGUAAGCCGAAUCAGCUGCGUGGAGCCGGUGUCUGGUUCGGGCCGGAUACAACAGAAUCGUUCUUGAAGCGCCAUCGACUCAGUUACGUGAUACGCUCGCACGAAUGCAAGCCAAAUGGACACGAGUUUAUGCACGACAACAAGGUCAUCACCAUAUUCUCUGCCUCGAACUACUAUGCCAUCGGCUCCAAUAAGGGCGCUUAUAUGCGCCUGAACAACCAGCUGGUGCCGCACUUUGUCCAAUACAUUUCGGCCGCCUCGCAGACCAAGGAGCUGUCCUUCAAGCAGCGCAUGGGCAUCGUGGAGUGCGCGGCCUUGAAGGAGCUGGCUGUGCGAAUGCGCGAGCACCGCGAUGAGCUGGAGGAGGAAUUUCAGAAGUACGACCCAGACGACAGCGGCUGCAUAACCAUUGCCAAGUGGUGCUUUGUCAUGGAGAGCGUCACCAAGUUGGGCCUGCCCUGGCGACUGCUGCGCGAAAAGCUGGCGCCCGGCACGGAUAGUCAAAGCGUGAACUAUAUACGAACCUUGGAUUUGCUGGACACGGAUGUUAUUAUGAAAGCCGAGGCUGACGGCACAUCGGUCAUGGACGCUUUGUAUGCCAAUAAAGCCAGCUUGGAGACCAUAUUCAAUAUUAUAGAUGCUGAUCAUUCAGGUGAGAUAACGCUGGAUGAGUUCGAGAAGGCGAUUGAUCUGCUGGUCGCUCAUAUGCCUGGCGUUUACUCCAAGAACGAGAUGUUGGAGAAGUGCCGUAUGAUGGAUCUCAAUGGGGACGGCAAGGUGGAUCUGAACGAGUUCUUGGAGGCCUUUAGGCUCAGCGACUUGCACAGAAAGGAACAGCAGGAGGAGUACCUGCGCAAGCGUUCGACAACCAAGUCCAUUAUAUCGCAGCAUCCCUCGGACUCGGUGACAAAGCUCGCUGACAAGAUAUCCAAAAAUAUGGUGCUUAUUGAACAGGAUAUCGAUCCGACGGACUGUGAGGCGAAGGAUGUGGGGCAAAGGUCAUAAACAUUAUAAGGAGUGGGUAGUACAAUUAUGCAAUUAUUUCUCUAAAUUAUAAGAGGUCAGAUCUAAUAUAUUGACACUAAAAGUAUGCUUAAGUUAUAUAACAGAUCGAAUUCCAACUUGCUUUUGAAACCAAGCCUAAAUAAAUAUGUCUUCAGCUGUUUUCAACCCCUCAACACUUUCAAGGCUUGCUUAAAAUAUUUCCUAAAGUUUAUUUCCAACUGAUUGGCUUACUUUUUGCACAAAUUUACAACUAAAUUUCGGGGUAUAUAGCAUACUUACUUACAUACAUACAUAUAUAUUUAUAUAACGAUUAACGAUUUGAAAGGCAAUUAUGAAACAACUGUGGAUCGAGGAAAGUGUUUGUUGGUGAUUAACAGAAAAGAGCAAAUAUUUAUAUAAAAAUAUAUCCAUUAGAAAAUAUAUGAUAUCUAGCUCUAAGCUCCAUUACCUCUGCUAAUAUAUAUAUACAUAUAUACAUAUAUUUCCAAAGCAUACGGGAAGGCAAGCUAAAAGAUGGCCAAUGGGCCGCAUCAUUCCCAGCCUUUAGUUUCCUCUCAAUUGCAUUCAAUUACAAUUAGCAAUAAGUGAAAGAAUGGAUUUUAAGAACUGCUUUUAACUAAAAUAUAUUUUAUUUUAUAAUUACCCAAAGUACAAAGGAUAUAUAAAGUCAUAGAUAACAGCAAUUUAUAU